CGCGCGACACUCAUAACGUCAUUCUCGUUUUCACGGGCACAGACACUGGAAAGAGUUUAACGUGACUCUAAACGUGUAUAACGGGACAUUUACCGGGUGCGACUGAACUGUUGUUUUAUUUUGAGUAUUCAAUCGAAAAUAGAAACUCGUCGCGAUGUUUCCAGAGUCCACUACAGGGUACAAUCAUGAGGAGUGCAGGGUUACAGCUGAUUGGCUGUUAGCUCAGGUUCCAGUGCGCCCUCUGGUGGGUAUCGUGUGUGGUUCAGGUCUCGGUGGACUGGCAGAUAUGCUGAAAGAUCAGGUGGUCAUCAACUACAGCGAUAUACCCAACUUCCCUCAAAGCACUGUGCACGGUCAUGCUGGAAAGCUGGUGUUUGGGACUCUUAAAGGAAAACCGUGUGUUUGCAUGAAGGGACGGUUUCACCUCUAUGAAGGAUACCCCGUUCAAAAGACCACCUUGCCCAUCAGGGUGUUUAAACUAAAGGUGGAGACUGUGAUCCUGGCGAAUGCUGCUGGCGGACUGAACCAGGACUAUAAAGUGGGUGGCGUCAUGAUUAUAAAGGAUCAUAUCAACAUUCCAGGUUUUGCUGGGAACAACCCAUUAGUGGGGCCAAAUGAUGACAGAUUUGGUGUCGCGGUUCCGUGUAUGUCAGGCAGCGUAUGACCGUGGACUCGCGACAGCUUCGCUCAUGAGGUUGCAGCACAACUGGGUUUCUGUGUACAUGCCGCAGUGUACAAGCGUGCUUUCGAGGGGCGAUCCUUUGAGACUAUUGCUGAGUGCAGGAUGCUCCGCCUCCUCGGGCCGAUGCGUAUGAGCACCGUUCACGAGGUGAUUGUGGCCCGUCACUGUGGAAUGAAGGUCUACGCUCUGUCUCUGAUCACCAAUCAGGCGGUGAUGGAUUAUGACAGUGAGAAGAAAGCCAAUCACCUAGAGGUUCUGGAGACAGGUGAACUGAGAGCCAAACAGCUGGAAAAACUGGUGUCCGACAUGGUCUCUCGCAUUUAGCAACAGAAUGACAAAGCCUGUUAGUGAACGCACCCCCGUUAACCACCUCAAACAUCACACAUACACGUCCAAACUGUUAGAUGCCAGAUAGAGGCCUUUAGUGUCAUGAAUGUUUAUCCUCGACUCUUUACUGUCUGUCUUUAUAUUCCAGAGAGGAAGUGUUUUAUGGUCCAAUGUAGCGUCUUAUAAAACUCAAAUGUCUUCCAUAACACUGAGGUAAAUCAAGAGAGUGAGCAAUUAAGGUAAGGCCUCAUUAUGGUAUCAAUAUUUUUAGUAUGUAUUUAUUUUCCUAAUGUCUUAAAGGUGUAUUUAAAAAUAGUAUUUAAAUAUAAGUUAAAGAAAUUGAAUAUAUUGUACUGUAGAUACCUUAUUUGAUCGAGGUAAUUGGGAGUUUGUUUGUUUUUCAAAAAAAAAUAACUUCAAAUAGUUUUCUUAACAUUUUUAUUUAAAAAUAAAAUAAUAUUCACAACUAUACUAAAUUAAGAAAAUGUUAAAAACUAUUAAGAACACUAUUUAUAUAAGAAAGAAGAACUGUGUUACUGAUUUACUGUAGAGUAUUUAACAAUAUUGGGCUUGAACAUGAAUAUAUUUAUGUUGGCAUUGGUUUUAAAAGCGCUUAAAAGCGUUCGGUUUUUUAAAUGGGGGCAAGUGUUUUUAACGCACUUAAAAGCGUUGGUAUUUGGUUUUAUUUGUUGUCUGGAGAAGGGCAUCUGAAAUGCUGUUUCUGCUGUGAAUUUAGCCAGAAUGUUUUACAUUACACUUCCCAGCACUGCUAUUUAUACACUUUCCUCUAAAAAAAAAAAAAUAUGUUAAUUCACCCGAAUUUUGAAAAUGGCACCUUGUGAUUUUGUGGUACUUAGUUGUUUUUGUGACUUCCUGCUUAAAUGCAAUAAAACAAUUUUGUUACACCAACA